CUACUCUUGUAAAGAUGGUGUGUGAUGGUGCUAGGGACGUAGACAUCACCAGUGUGGGUGGCUGAAAGUGGUAAAAGUUAAGUAAGUGACCUGACGAUGGGUGUGGAGAGUUCGGGCAGCGAUGGUUGCGUAGGUGAGGCGAAGGAGACCGGGAGGCGCGUUACAGUGAAUGAUGGCCUGGUGCUCACUGGUGAUUUGGAGGUGGAGACGAACAAAGGAGCAAUUUUGUCAUAUGCCGCCGAAUCGUCGCAUACAGCCAUUACUUCUAGCGACACAAGCAGCUGCUCGUGGUGGAAUGCUAGAAACGCUUUGGGAGUGUUGAUCUUCCUGGGACUGAUGGUGGCGUUCCUACUCAGAGUGGCCCUCUCCAUCACCAUUGUGGCCAUGGUGACCAGAAACGUGACCGUGACGCUGAACAACGACACCUGCCCAGUCACUGACGAGGAUCUCAGCGAUAGUUAUGUACAAGGUGAAUUUGCCUGGGACGACCAAACACAAUCGAUUAUUUUGGGUGCUUUCUUCUACGGCUACACGGCAACAAACUUCAUCGGGGGUCGCGCGGCGGAAUACCUUGGGGGGCGCCUCAUGUUCGGCCUGGGCAUUGUCAUUCCCUCCAUCCUGACGCUGUUCUCACCUUUGUGUAUUUAUACUUCGCCAAAUCUGUUCAUUGCCCUCAGAGUGUUGGAGGGACUGACGCAGGGGAUGGUGUUUCCCUCGGUGCACUUGAUGAUUGCAGCCUGGAUCCCGCCCAAGGACAAAGCCAAAUACUCCAGCUUUGUGAUAUCAGGUUCGAAUUUUGGAACGGUGCUGGCAAUGUCAGUGGGUGGCUGGCUCUGCAACACCACCUUCUUGGGCGGGUGGCCUUCCGUCUUCUACAUAUUUGGAGGUUUGGGUGUUAUUUGGGGAAUUCUGUGGUUUCUCUUUGCACACGACCUUCCGGAGCACCACCCGAAGAUCUCCCGCUCAGAACUGCAGUACAUCUUGGAUCACCGCUACUACGUCAAGAGAGACAAGGUGGAGGCCAUUCCCUGGCAACACAUCGUGACGUCAGUUCCGUUUUGGGCCAUCAUGGCGGCAAGUUUCUGUGAUAACUUCAGCUUCUAUACUCUCCUAACAGAACUUCCCACAUACUUUAGCAAUAUGUUGCACUUCGAUAUAGCUAGUAAUGGGUUACGCUCGGCCCUGCCAUACGCCAUCCAAUGUGUGACAUCUGUGCUGUGGGGCAUCUUUAUAAACGCCUUGCACUCCAGAAAUUACGUCUCCCUCGGGAUGGUUCGAAAGUUGUCAACAUCGAUAGCCCUGUACGUGUCGGCUGCUGGGUUGGUGGCAAUGAUAUGGGUUGAGUGCGAUCCUGUGUGGGCCAUCAUAGUCAUGUGCUUGUCGGUGAGCGCCACAGGACCCAUCAACAGCGGCUCCGCUUUAUCCGAACAGGACAUCGCCCCAAACUUUGCCGGCACGCUCAAGGGCCUCACCAACACCCUGGGCUCUGCCACGGGCUUUCUCGCGCCGGCCGUGACAGGAGCCAUUAUCAAAAACAAUCAAACUCUGAAGGCGUGGAACACUGUUUUCAUCAUUUCUGCUUCAUUCAACGUGUUCUUCUGCUCCAUCUUUGUCAUCUUCGGAACAGCGAAGGUUCAGUCCUGGAAUUACCCGCAGCCACGCGGACACGUCAUCGUUAGUACGAUUCCCAAUAUACAAUAAAAAAAAAAAAAGCAACUCC